AUGGGCCGGCAGCGCGCACCGCCCGAGCCCCGCUGGAGGCGGCUCCUCCGCGCCGGGGGCUGCGGGCUCCUGUCGCUCUGCGGGACGGCGCUGCGGGGGCUGCGGGGGCUCUGGAGCCUGGCGUGGGUCGGUACCACAGAACCCCUUCCCCAGGGACCUCCGCGCACCUCUGCCGGCUCCAAACGCGGCCGGAGCCCUGGCAAGGGCAGAGAUGCUGCCGGGGCGCAACCGCUGCACCGCUGGCGCUGGGGGUUGAUGCUACUGGAGGGCGGGGGAGCGAAGCACCGGCACAGCCGGCUGGACAGCGGGACCCUCCUCCGGGGGGCUGGUUCUUGGCUCAAGGCGCUGCGUGGUUGUGUCCACCGAGAGCCCCGGGGACACGGGAACGCCGCUCCCGGCUCUGCAGGGCAGGUCCCCGGGACACGGCAGAGCCCGGUGACACGGUUCAGCCCGGUGACACGGUUCAGCCCGGUGACACGGCAGAGCCCGGUGACACGGUUCAGCCCGGUGACACGGUUCAGCCCGGUGACACGGCAGAGCCCGGUGACACGGCUCAGCCCAGUGACACGGUUCAGCCCGGUGACACGGCAGAGCCCGGUGACACGGCUCAGCCCGGUGACACGGUUCAGCCCGGUGACACGGCUCAGCCCGGUGACACGGCAGAGCCCGGUGACACGGUUCAGCCCGGUGACACGGCUGAGCCCGGUGACACGGCAGAGCCCGGUGACACGGCUCAGCCCGGUGACAUGGCAGAGCCCGGUGACACGGCGGAGCCCGGUGACACGAUUCAGCCCGGUGACACGGCGGAGCCCGGUGACACGGUUCAGCCCGGUGACACGGCUGAGCCCGGUGACACGGCGGAGCCCGGUGACACGGUUCAGCCCGGUGACACGGCUCAGCCCGGUGACACGGUUCAGCCCGGUGACACGGCAGAGCCCGGUGACACGGUUCAGCCUGGUGACACGGUUCAGCCCGGUGACACGGCAGAGCCCGGUGACACGGCGGAGCCCGGUGACACGGCUCAGCCCGGUGACACGGUUCAGCCCAGUGACACGGCUGAGCCCGGUGACACGGUUCAGCCCGGUGACACGGCUCAGCCCGGUGACACGGCAGAGCCCGGUGACACGAUUCAGCCCGGUGACACGGCUGAGCCCGGUGACACGGUUCAGCCCGGUGACACGGCAGAGCCCGGUGACACGGUUCAGCCCGGUGACACGGCUCAGCCCGGUGACACGGCUCAGCCCGGUGACACGGCAGAGCCCGGUGACACGGCGGAGCCCGGUGACACGGUUCAGCCCGGUGACACGGCUCAGCCCGGUGUCACGGCCUGACACGGGGGGCACGGAAGGGGUUCCCCAGACAGGGGUUGUGCCAGGGGCCGUCUGGGCUCAGCUGCCCGUGGAGCUGUGAGUCCCCACUGUCCGUGUUGGCUUCCAGCUCGGCACAGCCCUGCAGCUUAGACUGGAGGGGAGCGAGGAGGAGGAGGAGGAAGCGGACUCAGAUUCUGCAUGGGAGCCUGGACAGACAGGUAGGUACCUGGCCCAGGGGUGGCCCUGGGGCUGGCAGGUGCCAUAGGGGUUGGCAGGAGCUGAGCUGUGGUGCCAGGCCAGCGGCGUGGCGAUGCCAGCGAGGCCGUGCUGGGGAGGCUGGAGGCUCUGGAGGCCGAUGUCCGCUUCCUCUGCACCGAGCUGGGGGCUGAGAAGCUUCUGUGGAGCAGCCGGUUCCUGGAGCUGCUGCAGGAACAGCAAAGCCUGCGCCAAAGGGUGAGUGCCUGGGGGGGUGCCAGCCCCACAGUCCCCUCUGACAGCCCAGACCCUCACACCCUGUUCCAGCUGCAGGAGCUGCCAUGGCAAUGGAACAGUGGUGACAGCCCCGAGCUGCUGGGGGAAGCAGAGGACCAAAGUGCCAGUGGGAGUGAGGGAGAGAGCCCAGAAGGACGCCAGUGGAUGGAGACACCUCGGCAACCAUGUGGCUCCAUCCAGCCUGACAGACAGAAAAUGUGAGUGAAGGUGUGAGCAGGGUCUCAGCAGAUCAGGAAGGAUCCACAGUUCCUCCCUGCCCAGGCUCUGCAGGACACAGGACAGGUUGCUGCAGUCCCAGCUGUAUCCCUGCAUGGUGGUGGCUGGGCCCAGCCUGAUCCAGCAGAACUGCAGCCAUUUCCCAGGAGCAGGAACCAGCUGGAGGCAGGUCAGGACAAGCCACUGGCCCUGGGUCUGCCCCAGGACACGUCACAGCCCUCCCUGCCCAGGGCUGCCCCCGGGUUUCGGUGCCCCACAGGGGCUGGCUCUGGUGAAGCCCACCGAGGGGCAUCCUCCUGCUCUGCUGCUUCUUGGGAGGUUCCAGGAACAAGAAGUCUGGUCAGCACCAGUUUCAGUCACCUUGCACUGGGGUGAUGGAUUGCAAAACUCACCCACUGACUUCCUGAUGGGCCAGAUCCAUCCUCUCCACGAGCUGCUCCUGCGCAUGUGGCAACCUUGGGCCAGCUCCUGGAGACAGCGGUCAAGGGCAACCAGCUCCCCAGGCAUGGCUGAUGGCCCCUCGCUGGCCACAACAACUGGGCCCAGGAGCAGCAGCCCCACAGGGAGCUGGGCUGAGGGGCUGCCUGGUGUGCAGGCCUGGCCCAGCACAGGGGGCUGCAUCCACCGUUCAAUACAGGGAGCCACUGUCCAUCACUUGUGUCUGCCUGGUCUUUCCCCAGCAG